AUGGACCCAAGUUCAGCAUUAGACGAAGCAGUUCAGGAUAUAUCAAAUUUAGAGGCUGAAUUUGCUUACAUUUUAGAAGAGAUACGGAUUCAUGAUUUAGAGAUAUAUGAAAUCAAGGAGAAAUAUAAACAGAAAGAAAGUAUCUUACAGAAACAUUUGAAACAAAAUGGGUCCUUAACUACUUAUGUAAAAGAGGAUUCGAUAAAUAAAGAACUCAAAGAUAGUAUUGAAGAAGCAAAGAAAAUACAAUAUGAAAAGUGUAUUUUAGCCAAUACAGCCUUAUUUAUGGUAUCAAGACAUUUAAAUAAACUGGAAAAUAAUAUUAAUAUACUAGAAGAAGAUGGAUUAUUGGCUCCAUUAGAAGAUGAGGUCGAAAGUGGAGCUGAGUUAUCAAGAGAAAAUUCUGUAUUAAGUAUAGGAACUGAGAAGAAGAAAAGAGCUAUCCCAUCUAGCACUUCUACUAGUGGAUCAACAAUGAAAAGGAAGAAACACAAGAGAUCAACAUCUGUAAACAAAAGUAGUGACUUACAAAAACAAAAUAUACGGAAAGGUACGGUAUCUCCAACUCCUUUGGGCAGUACAGAGUUGGAUGCUGAAACUCAAAAAUAUAACGACGAAUUAUUCUCUGGUGCUGCUGAUAAUGAAGAAGAAGAUAAAACAUUGUAUUGUUUUUGUCAAAGUGUUUCAUAUGGUGAAAUGGUUGCAUGUGAUGGUCCACAUUGCAAAUAUGAAUGGUUUCAUUACCCAUGUGUCAACUUAAAGGAACCACCUACUGGUAAAUGGUAUUGUCCUGAUUGCAAACAAGAAAUGUUGAAGAACAAAACAUUGAAAAAAAGAAAAAGUUGA